CGCCUCCACCACGCUAUCGACCAUCCCGCGCGUCACUUCGAAGCCUCCGCCGAGACCAAGAAGAGACCGCAACUGACGAGGUUGAACAAACCUGUCUACACAAUAACCAAUUUUUUGCACAUUUGAAGGAGCUACUCUGUAGCAUCUUUCGCAAAGAUGUCGGCGACAAACAAGCAAGGCAAGAUGGCCGGUUACAUCAAUUACCGGAUGCGCGUCACCUUGAACGAUGGCCGCCAAAUGACCGGACAGAUGCUGGCUUUUGACAAGCACAUGAACCUUGUCCUUGCCGACACGGAAGAGUUCCGCCGAACGAAGCGCAAGCAGAACAAGCCGGCCGCUCCUGGCUCGUCGUCGACCGCUGCCGCCAUCAUUGAGCAGGAAGAAAAGCGAACUCUGGGCCUGACGAUUGUCCGAGGCGCCCACAUCGUCUCUCUCUCCGUCGAGUCUCCCCCACCCGCAGAUCCUAGCGCGCGUCUAGGCAAGACGACAGGCACCGGCAUCGCCUCGGCACUGACAGCUGGACCUGGUGUUGCCCGGCCUGCCGGGCGGGGUGCUGCUCCUCCCAUCUCUCUGGCUGGACCUGCCGCUGGUGUCGGAGGCGCUGCUCCUCCCCCUCCUUUCCCUGGGUUCCCCGGCGCUCCUCCCCCCCCGGGAUUCCCAGGCCGUGGUGGUCCCCCGCCGCCUGGGUUUGGCGGUGCUUACCCACCUCCGGCCGGCUUUCCCGGUGCUCCAGGUUUCCCUCCCGGAUUCCCACCCGGAGGAGCGCCGCCCUCUGGUUUCAACCCGCCGCCGCGGAGAUAAGGGUCUUGUCUUUGGUUACGUCACUAAUACCCGGGUCGCAACUUGCUGUCAGCUUUUCGAAAGAGCGCUUUUGGCAGCUCGCUGCAUACUGCGGAGCUAUGGGAUAGGCUGGAGAUUUGUACCCGGAUUUUCGGAGCACGGUUGGUUUGGGCGGCGUUUAGGGGUUACGAAAACAGCGGUUAGUGGCUAAUUGCAGCCCGUGUCCUGGCCGGAAGUUGCGCUAGACUGUUCUUCCCAACAUUAACCAAGGGGCAAUAAUAGAAG